UGACAAGGAUGAUGAAUCAAAACUUGCAAAACUAAUUGGCUGCUUAUCAAUGAAUGAUUUUCUUACCACAUACGAAUAUAUCUAUGCUGAGGACGAUGAGGUUAAAGGCGGGCUAACUAAAGAAGGAAUUUUGAAGAUUAUUAAAA